AUGCAAAGUUAUGAAGAACUGAAAUUACUUUUUGAUGCAGAAAUAGAAGAAGGCAAUUAUGCCGAGGCAAAGAAAAUAAAAGAGAAGAUGGAACAAUUAAAAGUAAGUCAACCAAGUGACAAAAUUAAACAAGUUAUUGAAAAAUUCCAGGCUGCCUUCGACGAAGAGUUGGAGAAAUGCAGGGCUAAUGUUCAGAAAGCUGCCGAAUAUCAAUAUGCUAGGGAGUUAAAUUACAGAGAACAGCUUAGUAAUCAGUUCACUCAAUUAGCUAAAGAACACGUAAUUAAAUUGACAAAAAUGGAAACAGCAAUGUACGAACAUUAUGUUUCAACAUCAACUCCCGAUAAACGUGUCGUCAAGAUGCUAAAAGACGCCCAAAAAUUGGCAAAUAAACAACAAUUUGAUGAAGCUCAAGAAAUGAAAGAAAAUGCAGAAGAACUUAAAAAUAAGAUUGACGAGCAAGCCCUUGAAACUAUGGAAAAGAACUACGAAACUUACGUUUGCAGAGUUUUAGAUCAAUUCCAUACAGAAAUAGAUACAUUGAUAAACAACAAUAAAAUCACUCCAGAAAUGAAUGAAGACUUAAUAAACAAGCAGAGAGAUACAAACAAAGUUUUACUCGAUAUAUUUGUCAGAAAAUUCUUAAAAGAUGUGAGACCAACGCUCUCAAUAGCAGAUUUUCAAGUUGUAAAGGAGAGAAUAAAUCAAAUUUACGAAGAACAAACAGGAAGAAAUAUUUCUCAGAAUACUGCAGCGCGUUCGCCUCGCAACUCCGAUUCCCUUGAAACUGAUAAGGCUCGCAAGAAAUCUUCGCAGAAACACUUCAUUAGUAAGAAACUCGACAUGAAAUACGAAUCUCGCGCUUCAAAACGCUUUGAAGAUCGCCGAUCUCAAGCUGCUUUUGAUGACUAA